CAUACAGAGACAUCCUGUACAACUGAGUGCUUCCGACUUUGUGUUAACAGUUUGGGGAAAGGCCCAUAUUUGGGAGUGAUGGUCAGGUGUCCACUUACUUCGGACCGCAUAGCAUACAUCACGACGAUGAUGUGAUGAUUUACGACAGCUGCCGACGUGUUUACGACAGAGUUUCCAAGGAGACGUCAGGAGAUAAUUCUUUAUUACUACGCGGUUGGCGCGAGGACCUUCAGGGGUGCACUGUGCGCGAGAGAGAAUGGGUGGAAGGUAGAAGGUAGAAGGCAAGCAUGAGAGAGAAGACUUGUGAAACAUCGGUGAGAUGUUUGGGAAGGUGGUAUGAUGGAAGGUUCGGGAAAGGAAAGGGAAAUAUGUAAUGGAAGAUCCUUCCCAUGGCUCACUCGCACAGACAGCAGGUUUUGGAAACUCACCGACUGCUUCUCUUCCCUCCAGCAAACUACCCCGACUACACACCACCAGAACAAUUACAUGGAAGUCCGUAAGCCAGUGUUGGAGCUGAAAGAUGUCCCUCCCCCUCCACUCCACAGUGCCUCUCAGCAGCCUCUUGCUCUGGCCCCCCAGCCUGCGCCUCCUCCCUGUCAGCUCCCUGUUUCAGACCCUCAGCUCCCCCAGCAGCCGCUUCCUCAGCCCGGUAGCCCUAAAGUAAGCUUGUGUUCCCGUUGUGAAUGCAGCCUGCACAUCCAGCCGCACUCUGGCUCACUUGAAGCCAGGGCCCACAGUUUCGGUGAUAGUUUUGGUGGCGGCUCUAGCAUUAGCAACACCGUUAAUGCUAGCACUGGUGGUGGCAUUCCUGCACCUUUUCCCCCUGCACAGCUACAGACCCCACAGAGUUUUGGGUUCCGGGUGGCCUCAGUAGCCACGUCUCAGCCCAUGGCAGCUCACACACACCCGUCCUGCUGCGGGCGCCUUCACACUUGUUCCUCUGUCUCAGUGGGGUGUCUGCAGUCAAAACACGUGUCUGGCUCUGCACCCAUCCACGGGCCCUGCGUGGCCUUAUCUGGGUGCUGCCACUGUAACGAGGAGCAUCGGGUGGAGCAGCACUACCAUUCACACGGUGACACACCCUCCUCUACUCACCUCUGCACUAACCCUUUGUACCUCGAGCACAACACAGUCUGUCAGAAGGGAGCACACUACUGCCAUCAGUGUUUAAGAAAGCCCACGCAGGGUUUGGGUGCUGCUGACUCUGAGAAGGUUUGGCCAAACAUCCCCCCUCCUCAGCCCUGCUCUGCUACUGUACCUAUAUGUAAUGGCUGCAGAGUUCCUGGAAUCUCCAACGAUGGCAUUCUGCACCCCACCAGCAAAAUCAACCAGAAAUAUGGGUCAACUGAAGGUGGCGGGCAGGAGUCCUUGCCCCCAGUGGGUGUGUUUUGGGACAUAGAGAACUGUGCUGUGCCCAGUGGGCGUUCAGCUGCCACAGUGGUGCAGCGACUCCGUGAGCGUUUCUUCCAGGGACACCGCGAAGCCGAGUUCAUCUGUGUGUGUGACAUCAGCAAGGAGAACAAGGCUGUCAUUCAGGAGCUCAACAACUGCCAGGUCACUGUUGCUCACAUAAAUGCCACAGCCAAAAAUGCUGCUGAUGACAAACUCCGACAGAGUCUGAGGCGCUUUGCUGAAACACACACUGCUCCUGCCACAGUCAUCGUAGUUUCUUCUGAUGUGAACUUUGCCAGUGAGCUGAGUGACCUGCGUCAUCGCCAUGGCUUCCAGGUCAUUCUGGUGCACAAGACUCAAGCCUCACCUGCUCUGCUGCAGCACGCACACCUGCACGUCCUAUUCGAGGACUUUGUCUCGGAAUUGCCUCCCAGGAUGCUAAUCAAAUCGCAGCCCUGUUUCAACCUCCUCUUUGUGCACAACCUCCCCACGCACCGCGACUCCAAGUCCGUCAGUAGCAGGCUUCAACGCCUGUCCAAUAACUGUGGUGGGAAAGUGCUGGGCGUGUCAGGUGGCACCGCUGUGCUCCGAUUUGCCAGUGCAGAGGCAGCUGAGCGCGCCCGCAAGCGCAUGGAGAACGAGGACGUCCUAGGCAACCGCAUCACUGUGUCAUUUUCCCCUGAUGGGCUACAGGAGGAGGAGGUGGAGCGGUCUCGGCCUGCUGCCUCUUCCUCCUUUUCUAGUGCCCUGUUCCUCCCUGUGGAGAAGCCGCGGUCACCACGUCGCCCCAGGCGGGCAUUGCGAGCCUCUCAAAGUGGCAGAGACGCUGGGGUAAAUGUUCCAGAAAGACCUUACAGCCCUAGGAAAGUGGGUCAUGCUUCUUCCUGCAGCCCAGUGUUGAAGUCCCUUUCCCAGGACGUGAGUGGUAUGGAGUCUAAGCCCAGGACAGGUUUCCCUCUGGAGAAAGUCCGUGCUGCAUCUGCAUCUCCACAGAGCAAUGGCCUCACCUCUCAGCUGCAGCCUGCUAAACCAGCCUUCCCUGCAGAGCUUCCACAACGGGGCCGCAGGAGAGACUCAUGCAGCCUGCGCAGUACUACAGAUUCUCCAGCAGAGUCAUUUCAGGUGAGCACUCCAUCAGCUUUCAGCAAACUCAACCUACACACUUCCUUCAGCCCGCUGAUGUUCUCCCAGGGAUCCUGGUCCUCAAGGAGUGCAUCUCCGUGUCUGUCUAACCGUUCUUCACCGCUGAGUGUUCCCUCUCGUAGCCCAUGUCCUGACUCUCAGCCUGAGCCCUUCUGCGACGGUGCAGACAUCCAGGUAGCCAACCUUGACUACAGGAUGUCCAGGAAAGAGCUGCAGCAGAUUCUGCUCGACACCUUCGCCAAGCAUGGCAGGGUGAAAAGUGUUGAGCUCAGUCCUCACACAGACUACCAGCUCAAAGCUAAGGUACAGAUGGGUUCUCUGCAGCAGGCUAUAGGAGCCGUCAGUAUUCUUCACCGCUACAAGAUUGGCAAUAAGCGUAUUCAUGUCUCCCUCAUCACUGGUGCAAAUAACAAAUCACUCACCUGCCUCAGCUCAGAGAUAAUCAGUAUUCUUCAGGAUUCCCCAGCUAACUGUCUUCCACUCUUCAAAUUCACUGAAAUUUAUGAGAAGAAGUUUGGCCGUAAACUGGUGGUGAGUGAUCUCUACAGAUUGCCAGAGGUAGUGGCUGUGCGUGAACAGGGUGGAGGACGCUUGGUAUGUCUUCUCUCCAGCAGCCUACCUAGACAUAGUCCCCUGGGCUCCUCUCAGUCCCAUGACGGCUCCUCCACCAGCGGCAGUCCUGUGGUGUUUGAGGAGCUCGAGUACCACGAGCCUGUCUGCAAACGUCACUACACACAGCAAGAUUUCAGUGAGGCAGAUUACGACCCUGACACAUACAAGAUCCCUUUUGUUGUGGUGUCUCUGAAAGCCUUGUCUGCUCAUGUGCACAGUCUGCUGCAGUCUCAUGAGGGUACCAUCCCCUUGCUCAGUUUCCCAGAAUGUUAUGCGUCAGAGUUCAGUCCGUUGACAGUGGCCGAAGAAGGGAAGCUGGAGGGUAGUGUUCCACUGGAACACCUCAUUACCUGUAUACCAGGCAUCACCAUUGUAACUGCACAGAACGGCUUCAAGGUCAUCAAGUGGAUCCACAACAAACCCCCGCCACCUAAUGCAGACCCGUGGCUACAGCGCUGUAAGAGCCCAGUAGGAAAUCCACAGCUGAUCCAGUUCAGUCGAGAAAUCAUAGACCUGAUGAAAAACCAGCCCUGCUGCCUGAUGCCCAUCACUAAAUUUAUCCCUGCCUACCACCAUCACUUUGCCAAACAAUGCCGAGUCUCUGAUUAUGGCUACUCCAAACUGCUGGAGCUGCUGGAGGCUGUACCACACGUACUGCAGAUCCUGGGCCUGGGCUCUAAGCGGUUGCUGACCCUCACACACAGGGCGCAGGUGAAGCGUUUCACUCAGGACCUGCUCAAACUGCUCAAGUUUCAGGCGAGCAAGCAGGUCAUCAUCAGGGACUUCAUGCAGGCCUACCACUGGUGUUUCUCCAGAGACUGGCGAGUGGUUGACUACGGAAUGUGUGACUUGAUGGAUCUGCUGACUGAGAUUCCUGACACGACCAUCACCAUCACACAGCAGGAAUCUGACACGGUCAUAUCCGUACCUAAGAGAGAGCGGACCGCAGAGGAGAUGGAGCGCACCAGACAGUUUGGGAAGGAGGUAGUGGAUCUGCUGCGGCACCAACCACACUUCCGCAUGCCCUUCAGCAAGUUCAUCCCCACUUAUCACCACCACUUCGGCCGCCAGUGCAAGCUCACCUACUAUGGGUUCUCCAAGCUCAUGGAGCUGUUCGAAGCCAUUCCUGAUGUCCUUCAGGUGUUAGAAUGUGGUGAGGAGAAGGUACUGGCUCUGACUGAGGUGGAGCGAGUAAAGGCUCUGGCAGCUCAGCUGGUGAAGCUCUUGCGUGCUCAGAGAGACUGCACACUACCUGUUAGCCAGCUGCUGGCUGAGUACAGCAAGACUUUCGGUUACGGCCUCCGCCUACAGGAUUACGAUGCCAGUACACUGCCUGCCCUUCUCGCCAAACUCUGCCAUGUGGUCAAGGUAGUAGAUGGAGCUGAAGAAAAAGAGGUCCAGCUUAUCAACAGAAAAUCACUACGUGCACUUACGUCCCAGUUGCUGGCUGUAAUGAUGUCACUUCCUGAUGAGCACAACUGGCUGGGAGUAGAGGCACUGCAGAAGCAGUACGAGUCGAUGUACGAUCAGCAACUCAACCCCUGCGAAUACGGCUUCGUCUCGCUUACUGAGCUGCUUAAGAGCCUGCCUUACCUAGUGGAGUUGUAUGAAGGUGAGGAGGAGGAUGAUAAGGCCAAAGAUCGAGUAAGGUUAACUCAGCUGUACCAGUUUGCCCGAAAAGUCCGAGCCCUCCUGCACACCUACCACUAUAACCAGAUCUUCCUGUCUGAGUUUUGGGGUGCCUUCAGCAAGUACACGGGCCGCGAGUUCCAGCCUCGUGACUACGGCUACACCAGUCUGGAUGAGCUCCUGGCUGCUAUACCACAAGUUGUCUGGAUCAAAGGCCAUGGACACAAGAAGAUUAUAGUCCUAAGGAAUGAUAUGAAAGCCCGUGGCAGCCCUGCCAACACAGAGAGCCCUCAGCUCGAGGAGGCCCGAGAGAGCCAGAGCCCUGCCAGCACACACAGCCCAGGUGGCAGUACUGCUGAGGCGGAGCUGCUGUGUCUGAACUCCGGUUCUCCCGUGGACCUGCUGUGUGGGCCGGUUCCCUCCUGCCUGCCUUCCCCUCAGCUACAUCCUGACCCUGUUCUGCUCCAGCAGAGAGACCUCAUCCGCUUCGAGGAGCACUUGCACAGCCAGCCCACAGGAGGCACCAGAGAGGAUCAGCCCGUCCACGACCGCCAGCCUCAAGCAGCCCUGCCGCGCACUGAGCCCCGCACAGCUUCAGAUGAGGUGAACGAAACGGAGGAAACAUCAGUGUCCAGUGUAGGUGAAGUUCCCACCAGUAGUGUUGAAAAAAACACAGAAUGUCAGAGUGGGAAUGCUGAAUCUAACGAUACACUGGACUCGGUGGUUACCAAGCCCUCGCAACCUCCCAACCUCAAACCAUUGGCCACAGAAAGCCCCAGCAAAAGAACCUACCGGAAUAAAAUAAAACUUGCAGCUAAUUUUUCCUUCUCCCCAAACCCCUCAGUCUAAGGUUACUCGUUAAUCAGAUCAAGCUCUGGGAAGUCGCAGUAUUUUAUUUAAUUUUUUUGCUCUCUCUGUUCAAAUAACUUGAAAAAGGCUUUAUAAUCAUCCAGUGAAAUAAAUCUUUGUAACUCUACAGAGCUGUGGCUGUGAAGGAUUUGAUCUGACUAACAGUAGCCUGAAGGUUCGUACCUCUCCCUGUGCUUCUUCUGCUUCUGUCUCUUAAAAUGUUCAAUGCACUUGCUCAUCAUUAGUUGGCUAUAUUCACAGCCUUUGUUUAGUUUACAAUCCCAUUUUCCAUGUUGGUUUAAAUCCUGAGUAUUUCAAUAUUCUGAAUUUUUAUGUUCUACUGAAAAAUCACGUCUUCUAGAAUAUGUUUAAGGAAACAUGAGUUUAUAUAAAACAAAAGCGUACCUCCAAGUUAGCUGUAACUAAGGCAGCUUCCGUCCUUUCAGAAUAUUAUUUCCUCUUGUUCUGUGCUGUUUUGAGAAUCAUGGUUUUCACUAAAUGAAAUUAUUAGUCGCAUUUGAAGUCCUCUGACCGACCCUGCUCUUUAUGCACAGUAUAUUAUAACAAAUACAAAGGAGACAUCAUCUCCUAUUUAUACACAGGAUGAUUUUAAAUAAUAUUAAGUUAUUGAAGGAGGGCAUUGAUUAUAUUAAUUAUAAUAAUCUUUAACCCAGAAUGAUGCAAAUUCCUUUGUAUUUGUAGUAUUUCUGUAAUUAUUUGUAUACUUUAGAACUCUUGAGAGUUUAAUAUCUAAACUUGUGUUUUUCUGUAAGGUUUUGAGUAGAUUUCUGGUCCAUGCUUUAGUGCACAUGUUUAACAGCCUGAGUUUUAAUGGCAUUUUGUUUGACAUCUUAACAGUGCAGUUGGUUUCACUUUGUUGGAGAUUAGAAGAUGGGCAGGUGUCAGUCUGGAUGUUUGAGCUAGGUACAGGACAUGCAUGCAGGAUAAAGUCGAGGUUGUGUUACGGAGCUCUUUUCUAGCUUGAAGCGCGCCAUUCGACAGCUGAUGUCGACAGUAAAAGUUGAGUUGGCGCGCACACAACUCCGCGGUUCUACUGCUGGAGUUCAAGCAGAAGCUCCAUUUCAGUUUUAGCCACGUAUGCAGCUUUUGCUUUAUUUCGAUUGUUUGGGGAUUUUUGUGUGUGGAAUUUUAUAUGCACGUAGUGCAUAGAUAAUUUCCUGUGUGAUGUGAUAUAGAAGCUGUAGAGUUUUAAUCUGUUUGCUUCCUGCAUUUUCACGGCGGUUCAUGAUGGCAAGAGCCAAGGUUGUUUUCUUUAACCUUGAUCAGUUUCUUUGGAUCGGUUGACAGUCUGUGCUUAUUCUUAAUGCAAGACUUCAGCAUGUGUGAUUUAUAGAUGGGUUUUAAGGCACUGGAGUCGAGGAUGGGAACUGCUCAGAGUGAAACACCAUGGUAUCAGGGGGACACACACAGGCCCUCUGAUUUUUCUGUGGACCGAGCCGGGCUUUUUACAAUGGCUUGUAUCAGCCUUGGCACCAUGGGAGACGAAGCGAGAGAGAGAGCUGCUAGAGCAUUCCCUCCUGCACUCCCUUAGCAUAUUGUUGUUUGUAAAUUUCUUUUCUGUUGUCUUGUUUAGUGUGUUUCUUGGGACUGAAGACUUAUCCUGCAUCUGUUUGUGCUGUCUGGGUUAUCCCAGGACAAAAAACCUAGACUGAUCAUCUGACGAGCUGCCAUUAGGAUCUGUAUUUGUGCAGAGAGAACCAUGUUUUGGGAGAAUCUCCCUGUAAAAUGGCUUCCUGUUUUUAUUGUGAAUAUACGCGAUUCAUUUUGAAAAUGUGACGAUAUCUGGGCUCUGGCCUCAAACCUGACGGUCAUCAAAAUGACUGCUGUUUUAGUUUAAAGAGGUCCUGCUGUAAGUUUAAUGCCAGUCGAGUCCAGUCUUAGUCAAGUUUACAGCUCAUGUUCCUAAUUUCCUGACUCGCCAUCAGUGUGGCUGCAUUACGUCCCAAAUUAUUUACUUUCAUCCCAGAUUAAAAGAGCUGUUUUUUUUUUCUUUUCUUUAAAGAUUAUCAAAGGCCUGAUAUUUAUUUAAUGGAGGGAACGUUCGAGCUGAGUCACACUGGCUGUAAUGAGUCCUAAUUUUGCUGCUACACUUUCAGUUUGCCGUUUUGGGGAGAUAAUUUGGUUACAGCUAACUCGGAGGACAAAUCCGGAACAUCUUGUUUGUUGCGCUACAAUGAGAAACUAAUCUUGUUUGCCUAUGCACGUUUGCAUAGUUUUGAUUUAUUAAGUAUCAUUCUGCUGGGGGUGUAAUGUUAACGAAGUUAAAUGUACAAGGCAGUUAUGAGCAUUUAGUUGAGCAGCGGCUCUUUUCCAGCAUGGAGUGUUUUGGUUUAUGUGGUUAGGGGUCAGUUAUGUGUUUUUACAUAUUGACCUGGAGCAAGUGCAAAGGUAUUAGAUGUGCUGGAUUUAUCCUGAUUCCAUCCUAAUAUAUCCAACCAGUGAUGUUAAAUGUUCUUGUCAGAAAUCCAGCAAGUAAUUACACUAAUUUGGGAGAUGCUCUUUGGUGAAAUGAUGCGCAGAUUCAAGACGACUGUACAGUUAUUCUCUCAUCAGAAGCAGAAUGUUGUCACGUUAUCCCGAAACUCUGUGUCGUGCCCCCUUUUGGUUCUUUCCGAUGUAAUUGAGUUGCAUGUUCUUUAAUGUAUUGUACCUUCUGCCUCUGCUCACUUGGUCACUCUCACCCCCAUCAUUAAGCCAUUAUAACAUUCACUUUUAUGUGAAGUGCCCAAAAUAUUUCUGUUAAUAAAUUUCACAAGCAUCA